AUCCAAAAAAUCUGAUUGGUUAGAAACACCUUUAUAUUCAAGUUUCGCGGCAACGCUUCUAUUUUCUCUUCCCUAUUCCUCUAACUUUCUCUCUCAUCUCUCUCUCUCUAAACCCUUGCCUCUUUUCUUCUCUUUCAUCUUUUCUCGUGCUUCACCGGAAUCGGAGUUAACCUACCGUCGAUACAUAAAGGAUCAAUGGCACCGACAAGGAAAUCUAGAAGUGUGAAUAAGCGGUUUGCAAACGACGUUUCUCCUGAGAAAGAUGGAGUUAGUUCAAAUAAAAACAAACAACGGAAGAAGAAAUUGUCUGAUAAAUUGGGAUCUCAGUGGAGCAAGGGGGAGCUACAGCGAUUCUAUGAGGCAUACAGAAAGUAUGGGAAAGAUUGGAAGAAGGUUGCUGCUGCUGUACGUAACAGAUCUAUUGAAAUGGUUGAAGCUCUUUACAAUAUGAAUCGGGCAUACCUAUCUCUACCAGAGGGCACGGCUUCUGUUGUAGGUCUCAUUGCAAUGAUGACAGAUCAUUAUAAUGUCCUGGAAGAGAGUGAAAGUGAAAGGGAGAGCAAUGAUGCACCAGGAUCUCGAAAACCUGUGAAACGAAAGCGUGAAAAAGUUCAGCCUAGUGUCUCAAAGGAUCCUGUCCAGUCUCAGUCUGUAACUUCCGGUGAUGGUUGCCUCUCUCUACUGAAGAAAAGACGCAUUGAUGGUAUCCAGCCUCGUGCUGUUGGGAAAAGGACACCCCGAGUCCCAGUUUACCACUCUUACAAGAAAGAUGAAAGGGAGAAUUAUGUUUCUCCUAAUAAAAGAAGCUUGAAGUCCACUGGUGAUGCUAAUGAUGAUGAAGUUGCAGAUGUAGCUUUGGCAUUAUCCAGGGCUGCACAAAGAGGAGACUCUCCCCUUAUUUCACAAACACCACAUAGGAGAGCAGAGCAGAAGUCCUCUCCUGCUCAGAGCUUGGAAAGAAUGCACCAAAUGUCAGAGAAGGCUCGUGCCAAGUUUCGCAAUGUUGUGGAUGGAGAGUUUUUGGAAGGUAGUCUAGAAAGCAGGGGAGCUGAAAAUGGAGAAUAUGUCAGAGAUACUAGUUCGUUGAUGGACAUGGAAGGAGUGAGCAACACUAGAGUUCUUCUGAAGGGAGGAAAAUUUUACAGAAAGAAAGAGAGAGUGGAAAAUGUUGGAAAUUACCAACUUGAUGAUGGAGGAGAAGCAUGCAGCGGCACUGAAGAAGGACUUAGUUUUAGUUCUUUGAAGGAAAAGAAUAUGGAGGUUACCAAUGAAAAGCUCGAGCAAUUCUCUCCAAGAAGUCAGCGGAAAAGAAGCAAAAAACUUUUCUGUGCAGAUGAAAUCAAUGCCUUGAAUGCUUUGGAAACCUUAGCCGAUCUAUCUCUAAUGAUGCCGACAUCUAAUGGAGAAUCUGAAUCAUCUAUCCAGUUGAAGGGAGACAGAAUGAAUGUUGAUAAAGAUGAUAAGUCUGCUUUACCUGAAGCAACAUCAACAAGUCAUAAGAGAAAUAAAGUUAAACCUCGCGCUGUCCCUGGAGCUGACACUUCAACGUCCAAAAAAUCUAAACUCGGAAAGGAUAUAUCAAAUGAUACCAAUGCUGUCUCUGAAUCAAAAGACCAGAUUCCAUUUGCUGAUAGAACAUGGAAAAGAAAGCCGAAAUCCAUGAAAGCUGUAGAUGAUGAGAACAAAACGGUGAUUAAAGGAAAACACGCUGAUCAGGUUUUUGCAUCACCGAAACAAUCGAAGAUGGUCAAACCACCAGAGGUGUUCUUACGUGUUGAUCAGAAGGGUUUAGCAGUUUCAUCAACUGCUGAAAUUCCACUUUUGAGUGAAGUUAGUUCGCAAACUAAACAAAGAAGUAGACGCAAGAUGAUUUUUCAGAGACCAUCCAUGCCUAAAGAGAAGUCUUCUGAGAAUGUAUUGAAAAGCCAACCUAAUAAGUACUCUACCCAAAAGGAAAAGCUUUCUAGUUGCUUGUCAUCUUAUUUGGUUCGCAGAUGGUUUACUUUUGAAUGGUUUUAUAGUGCACUUGAUUAUCCAUGGUUUGCCAAAAGAGAAUUUGUGGAGUACUUAAACCAUGUUGGACUAGGGAAUAUCCCAAGGCUAACUCGUGUUGAGUGGAGUGUCAUAAAAAGUUCUCUUGGCAAACCACGGAGGUUCUCUGAACACUUUUUACAUGAGGAAAGACAAAAACUUGAACAGUACCGAGACUCAGUGAGGAAACAUUAUUCUGAGCUGCGGGCUGGUAUAAGAGAUGGACUUCCGACAGAUUUGGCGAGACCAUUAUGUGUUGGACAACGAGUAAUUGCCAUUCACCCCAAAACAAGAGAGAUUCAUGAUGGUAGUGUGCUUACAGUUGACCAUGACAAGUGUAGGAUUCAGUUUGACCGUCCUGAGUUAGGAGUUGAAUUCAUCAUGGACAUUGAUUGCAUGCCUUCGAAUCCAUUCGAUAAUAUGCCAGAAGCUUUGAGGAGGCAGAUUGGUGCCAGAAAAGCCUCUUUUAUGACUACAGAACCACAGCUUAAUGGAAAUUCAAGUUUUGGGGGAUGUGAAAUGCACUCAUCGCCUGUGAAGGGGGAUGCCAACCAUGUCACUUCCCAGGCCAAUAUUGAUAACCUCUGUGCACUAGCUGCUUGUGCUCAACCGUGUAAAGUGAUGCAACAUCAAGCUAAAGAAGCUGAUAUACAUGCACUUUCUGAACUAAAGCGUGCUCUUGAUAAAAAGGAGACAGCAUUAACAGAGCUCCGUAAUGCAAAUAGUGGCAUAUUGGAAAACCAAAAUGGCAUAGAAUGUUUAAAAGAUUCCGAAGGUUUCAAGAAGCAUUAUGCCACGGUACUUGUAGAGCUAAAGGAAGCCAGUGGACAGGUUUCUGAUACUAUGCUUCAAUUGAGGCAGCGUAAUACCUACACAGACAACUCUCUGCCACCAUGGAUGAAGCCCAGAGCAAAGUUCGAAGUACAUGAUGACCUUCCUAGUGUGUUGGAUAGUUCUAUGUCACAAGAGUCUAGGUCAACCGUCAUUGAAAUCAUUAAAGGAUCCAGGCUACGGGCACAUGCAAUGCUGGAUGCUGCAUUUCAGGCAUGGUCUCAAGCUACAAAGGAAGGUAAAGAUGCUAUUACAAAGAUUGGGCAGGCAUUGGAUUCUAUCGAUUAUCAGCAGUUGUCCUCCAAGUACAGGUUGCCUGUGAUAAGGUCGCAAGAUCAAGUGAAUGGCAGUUUUUACCAUCAUAAUCAGUCGACUUGCAGAGCAUCAGAGCCUUUACUUAAUGAUGCAUCUGGUCCAAAACUGCAUAAAGAUUCCGAACAAGUUGAUAUCGAAAUACCAUCGGAGCUCAUCGCUUCAUGUGUUGCGACAUUAACUAUGAUACAGAGUUGUACUGAACGGCAAUAUCCUCCAGCAGAUGUGGCUCGGAUAUUAGAUUCUGCUGUUACCAGCCUGCAACCGUGUGAUCCUCGAAACCUUCCUAUUUACAGAGAAAUUCAAAUGUGCAUGGGAAGAAUUAAGACCCAGAUUUUAGCUCUCAUCCCUACUUAGAUUUUAUCUUUUCUCUCUAGGCUAUUUAGCUGUAAAUAGGAUGCUGAACUAUUUAGUUCAUAAUCGCAUAGGAGCUCCUCCCCCCUUUCAUAAUUUGUAUUUCUUAUGAAAAAAUAAGUAUUUAAUAUAUUAAAAACCCAAAAGCUGCUGAAAAACAAUGGCAUGAUCAAUAGGACUACCCCUGUAUUCCGUUCGUAGUAUAAGUCCUGCUAAAUAGGAACUGGCACAUACAGGGUAACUACACUUGGUGUGAAGGCAACCUAGGUGUUGUUUGGCAUGUAAACUUUAGCCAUACCAUGUAUUUUUGGAAUUUUUGUUUUGGAGACUCUUUCUAAUGAGUUUCGGAGCUUUUUUUUAAUGAUAUUUUUGAGGCAUGUUAAGGAAUGUGUGUUUAGUCUUAA